CCUUCCGAUAUCGAACAAUCCGCGGCCGCGUAGGUCUAUCAGCUACCGUAUUAUUUUAGAAUCAACUUGAAGCGAGAAAACUCGGCAGGUUUGUGGACAUGGACAUGAUACGUUUUGUCAUCUUAACAGUGAGCGAUUCAUGUUCUAAAGGAGAAAAAGACGAUGAAGCCGGUCCUGAGUUAAUGUCCUUAAUUAACAAUCAUUUUGGAAAUACUAGCAAAAUAGAACAUGUUGAAAUUUUACCGGAUGAAAAGUCUCAAAUAAAAGAUUUCCUUAAGAAAUGGUCUUCUCAUAACAGAAGCGAUGUAAUCUUUACAGUAGGGGGCACAGGACUUUCGCCCCGAGACGUUACCCCUGAAGCUACAAAGAGCGUUAUUGAGCGAGAGGUUCCAGGAAUAUCGUUAGCUAUAUUGUGCAAGAGCCUGGAAAUCACUGAUAUGGCAAUGUUGUCCCGUUCAGUCACUGGAAUUAGAAAUAAUACGCUCAUUAUUAAUUUCCCAGGCAGUACCAAAGCCGUAGGAGAAUGUUUCGGUUUUAUCAAAAACGUUAUUCCACAUGCUGUGGCCCUUUUGAAAAACGAAGAAAAUCUUGUUUCUGAUUUUCACGGUCGUCUACAAGGUCGACGAUCUGUAUCUCCCAGCAAGGUAAAAACAAACUUGGUUGCUCAAAGGAGUCGCGUGUCGCCGUAUCCAAUGGUGGAAGUGGCCCAUGCCAUUGACCUGAUUCUUAAAGAGAUUUCCGCGACUAGGGAAACAGAAAACGUAGAUAUUGCGGAAUCGCUAGGUCGAGUACUGGCUGAAAAUGUUUACGCCAAGGACCCCGUGCCUCCGUUUCCUGCCUCUAUUAAAGACGGUUACGCUGUCAUCAGUUCCGACAAAGAAGGCAUUAGGAAUGUCAGGGAGGAGGCAGCAGCCGGGGACAAGCCUGUAGAUCAACCACUUCAACCAGGAGAAGUGAUAAGAAUCAGCACAGGGGCUCCGUUGCCCUUGGGAGCUGAUGCCGUAGUACAAGUGGAAGACACAGAUCUAAUUAAAGCUUCAGACGAUGGAUCAAUUGAGAUGGAAGUGAAAAUUAAAGUAGCUCCAAGACCUGGACAAGAUAUUCGACCAAUAGGAAGUGAUAUUUCUGUUAAUUCCGUUAUAAUCGAAAAAGGAGCUCUGCUGACUGCUGGUCACAUUGGAGUCCUUGCAACUGUCGGGCAUCACACUGUAGCAGUUUUCCGAAAGCCGUGUGUUGCUGUAGUGUCAACUGGGAACGAGCUUCAAAGUCCACACGAAAAACUUAAGCCUGGUCACAUUCGGGACAGCAAUAAAUUGACCCUGUUGAACUUAUUAAAGCAAUACGGAUUCGAAGCGUCAGACGCAGGAAUUGCAAAAGACAAUCCCGACAGUGUCAAGGCGGUUCUCACGUUCGCGUUUGAUGAAAACGAUGUUGUCGUUACAUCUGGAGGUGUAUCGAUGGGAGAACAUGACCUUAUCAAACAAGUGCUCGUUGAGGACUUUGACGCCACGAUACUUUUCGGCAGAGUUAACGUUAAACCAGGAAAACCAACCACUUUUGCCACCUGUACGUUCAACGGCAGAAGAAAGUUUGUUUUUGGUUUACCCGGAAAUCCUGUGUCUGCUUUAGUAACAGGGACGUUAUUUGUUCUACCAGGACUGAAGAAAAUGGAAAACUACGAAAACUUAAGACCGCCGGUUAUAUCUGUCCGCUUGAACAAAAAAAUGAUACUCGAUCCAAGACCUGAAUACAUAAGGGCUCGUCUUCGGAAGUGUUCUAACGAUGACAUCCUUGAAGCUAUCCCGACUGGCAAUCAGAUCAGUAGCCGAAUCAAUAGCUUCGUCGGAGCGAGUGCCCUUGUUCGUCUACCAGCAAAAAACUCUCAAGGAUUUGGUGAAAUUUGCGACGAAGGAACUGUCUUGGAGGCCAUUCUUAUUCAGCCGCUGUCUAUUGAAUACGUGUGACUUGAUUUUUUUUAUUAUCAUUUGCCACAACGUUUUAUUUUUCAUUAUUAUUAAACUAACUCAGCUAAUAACAUUUAUAAAAAGUUUGUUUAAAAAGUAAAAGCUUGCUAAACCUGUAUUACAUGUAACUAAUUUGCUAUACUUUAACUAUAAAUUUUCCCUGCUUUAUUGCUAUUAAAUA